AUGGGUCUUCGAACUGUCUUUACGGACCACUCCCUCUUCGGCUUCGCGGAUGCUGCCAGUAUCCUGACGAACAAGAUCUUGAAAUUCUCCCUCAGCGACGUGGACCACGUCAUUUGCGUUAGUCAUACAUGCAAAGAGAAUACUGUCCUCCGAGCGUCUCUGGACCCCCUAAUGGUCUCGGUCAUCCCCAACGCCGUCGUCGCCGAAAACUUCCGCCCGCUCGAUUACCCGUCUUCCGACGCUGCUGGACAAGCCUUUGGACAGAACCCACCUCCAGCCCAUCAUCUCGGCCCGAACGAUGUGAUUACAAUCGUCGUGAUAUCCCGCUUGUUCUAUAACAAGGGCACGGAUCUUCUUACGGCCGCGAUUCCCCGCAUCUUGGAGAACCACCCAAAUACAAGAUUCAUCAUCGCCGGGUCGGGUCCAAAAGCCAUCGACCUGGAGCAGAUGAUUGAACAGAACGUUCUGCAAGACCGAGUCGAGAUGCUGGGCCCUAUCCGCCACGAAGAGGUGCGGGACGUCAUGGUUCGAGGCCACAUCUACCUGCACCCGAGUUUGACAGAGGCAUUUGGCACUGUUAUCGUGGAAGCAGCGAGCUGUGGGCUGUACGUCGUGUGCACGCAGGUCGGCGGUAUUCCCGAGGUCCUCCCGUCACACAUGACUGUAUUUGCAAAACCAGAGGAGGACGACUUGGUCACCGCGACAGGCAGGGCAAUCGCUGCGUUGAGGGCCAACAAGGUCCGAACGGAGCGCUUCCACGAGCAGGUCCAGAAGAUGUAUUCGUGGACCAAUGUUGCCAUUCGCACAGAGCGAGUUUACCACGGAAUCACCGGCGAGCUCAGUGAGGCCGAGUUUUAUGGAUUCGACACGGCCAAUCCCUCGACCUUUGGCAACAGUCGGGUGCGGUCCUUCGCCCUUAUUGACCGACUCAAACGCUACUACGGUUGCGGCAUUUGGGCGGGCAAGCUCUUCUGUCUCUGUGUCAUUGUCGACUACCUUCUGUUCCUGUUUCUGGAGCUGUGGUUUCCACGGGAGCAAAUUGACAUUUGCCCUGAGUGGCCGCGGAAAAUUGUCGAUGAUGCGGAGGAUUCCAAGGAAGACUGA